GAAUUUGUGCCUUUACAGCUGUUUUCAACUCCCAAGCCCUGAGCCCCCACCAAGGCCCCGGCCCCAUGGCAGGCUCCAUCUGCGGUGUCCGUGGACUCCUCCACUUUAUGAAGUCAGAACUAGCACUCACCAAACAGUGUCCUGCUAGGUAACUGCCACAUUAGGUAGGUGCUGAAAAAGCCUUCGGAAUUAGAGCGAAGAAUAGAACGGCUGGGGAAGGUGGGCCCAGAGAUGGACCUUCGGGGGUGGAGGCUUCAGAUAGCGAGACUGAAGGUGCCGGUAACGAACAGCCCCCGUUCCUGGCGGGCAUGGUGCCAAACACAUGUUACUGUCAUCCUCAAGCCCUGUGUGGACGAUACUCUUGUCCCCCUGUUGUGGACGAGGUAGCCGCUGGGCAGAGAGAGGCGAAGACCUGGCCGAAGGACACGUUCCAGAGGAGCCCAGUUCCCACCAAGCCUGUCCACCUCCCACCUCCUGGCCUUCCCCGCUCUCACCGUGGGCUGCCUCACCUUGUCUGGGCCACUGGGCAGACCAGGGAUCCCCGCCUGAGUCCCUGCUCCCUUGACUGAUGGCUUCCUUGUCAUUGUAGGACUUCUGCCACGGGCAAGUGAUGUGGCCGCCCCUCAGCGCCCUGCAGGUGAAGCUUGCUGAGCCCGGCCAGUCCUGCAAGCAGGUGUGCCAGGAGAACCAGCUCAUCUGUGAGCCUUCUUUCUUCCAGCACCUCAACAAGGACAAAGACAUGCUCAAGGCUGCAGAGACCUCCGAAAGCACAGAUGUGCUACAAACUCUUCAGCCCUUCCCCACUUGGUACGAGGUGAUCUGCCAAAGCUCAGAGCUGGCCAAGGACAUCCUGGUGCCCUCCUUCGACCCCAAGAACAGGCACUGUGUGUUUCAAGGUGACCUCCUGCUGUUCAGCUGUGCGGGCGCCCACCCCCGGCACCAGAGGAUCUGCCCCUGCCGGGACUUCAUCAAGGGCCAGGUGGCUCUCUGUAAAGACUGUCUAUAGCAGCCCCUGGCCCGGCCCCACACUCACUCUGUGGGACUAACAGUGGCUCCAACCCCAUUGGGACAGGGCCAGGGGGCAGACGCCACGUCAGUCAGGGACUCUCGCCAGAGCCUGAACUUGAUGCUGGAAGGUUUCGAUUUGGUAUUGCUCCUUCUGGCUUCUCCCUGGCACAACUUCGUUUUAAUUUCUUGAGGAGACUGUGUCACUGCAGCUGCUCCAAGGUAGAAAGAGAGUCUCAAGAUUCAUUUAAAACAGAACCAGAGGAGGAAUGGAGCUUGUCAGAAAGAACUUUCUACGGGAACAUUCCUAAACCCAUUAACUUAUUUAUUUGGGAGGGAGGGAGGGGGAACAGGGGAGGGCCCAGAGGGAUUGAUCACACGUCUUGCUUCUCUGAUUUCCCACUGUUUACUGUCCACCUUCACUGUAUUAUUACUCCUGUCUCCUUCCGGAAGGAAGCAGGAGGGAGACAGGGUGCACUGUGGGGCCGGUGGCUCGCUUGAGGGCAGCCACAGGGACCCAGCUCCUCAAAGUGGAUGGUGGCAGAACACAAGAAAAUCUUGUGUGUGCUUGACAGAUGGCAGCUAGAGGACAGUCACCUCCUGGGCAUGGGGGGACAUGCCUGUGGUGUUGUCCUGAGAGCCCAGCCAGGGACCAAAGAUGGGGCCGCUUUGCAGUGAGAGCUCCUUUCCUCGACCCCCCCCCCCCCCCGCCCCCCAUCACAUGCAUGCACGCACACACCUUGGCCCUAAUUUCUGAUGAGGAUGGCUUUAAGAAAGAAAUGCAGGAUUGGGGAAUUGACAUUUGCUAGUUUGUGGUAAAUCCACCCUCCCUCCAGUGCCACUGGAAGGAGGAAAGUAGAAACAUGGGUCAUGCUUGUUUACUCCUGAAAAGGGUUAUCCGAGCUGGGGUGUGGACAGGCGCGAAGCUGGCCCCUAAGAACCAGAGCUGUGCUCUAGGCAGGUGGGCUUGUGUUCUGUUCCUUCUCAUGUCUGAUGGCACCAAAGUCCCACGAAUGAGGCUCUCAGUGGCCCUGAUGUUGCCGGGGGGAGCAGGGGCAGGCCAGGAUGAACGUGGUGUGUGGUCCUGGCCGAUCACCUGUGGGUGUGGGUGUGUAGGUGUGUGUCUUGCACCGGGUUGGAGUCUGAUGCUGGCUCUUACUCAAGGCUCGGAUAUUCUGAGGGGGUAUUCCGAGUUGGCAGGUUGGCCCAGUCAGACUCACUGGAUGCCCCCGCUAACCCUGGAGUUCCCAGUCUCUGCCGUGGUGGGAGCUCCCCACCGCCACCCGGCCCUGCUUCAGUGCCCUGGCUAGAAGUGUGUGUGUGGGUUGUGAAGCCCCUGGCAGCUCCAGGCUGGUGACAGUGAGCUCUCUUCUCCUUCCUGCAGAACAUGCCAGUCAUGAGCUGUGGCGUGACCCACCCAGCCCUCGCUGGUGGUUUUGAGUGCCUUGGCCACCUAGCACCAUGCUCCCCCGCUGCAGCUCUGUGCUUCCCGGCGCCCUGGCUGCCCUCUGGGACAGCCAGCCCAGCCUCAGCCCAGCAGAACAGUUCGGCAGGGCUCAUGGCUGGGUGGGCCUUCAGGAAGGGAACUAAAUCAGAAUCCUGCCUCGUGCAGACCACAGGGCCCGUGGAGCCUUUAGGUAUGGGAAGUUAGAUGGUGCCCGCCUCUCCAUGCUUCCCUGUGCGUCCGUAGGAUCAAAUGCACAGCCAGCCUUUUUUUUUCUUAGAUUCCCAGUGGCGCUCAGUUUCACCUCUAAUCCCAGAGAGUGGAGGGAGUGAGGAGGAGUAGCUAGGGUCUCCCCCACCCUUCAGGUGGUCCCUGAGCACAUGUGACAAGGAGAGUUCUGAUAGGGAGACCUGGGCCCUGAGCGUGGGUGCAGGGGCCCCUCAGGAACUAGCUGAGAGCACCCUCUGCCUGGGCCCAGCAUAGAAGUCCAAUGGGAUCUUGGCAAUGAGGGGGGUGUGUUUGUGUGUGUGUCUAUAUGAAUGUUCCUCCAGGUAUCGCAAGGGCAAUUCCUGCUGCAGGAGAAACUGCCUUCCGUGUUGUUAGGAACUGCUUUUCCCUAUGAAUGGGCCUCUGGGUUCCUCCCCUAGGUUGUGGGAAUUCCCUUGAGCUCCCAGGGCUGCAAUUCCUGGGCCAGGGCCGCCCUCUCCUGGGCUCUUGUGGGAGCUUCCAGAGGAGAGGAUGUCAUGCAGGCAUUGGGCCAGCAGGGGGAGCCCGCGGGCUGAGACCGGAUUUCUCUAGCUUGGCCCAAUUAACCCAUUUUGCAGAGCUGUUUCAGUAAGCCCAGGGACUCAGAAAGCAAGGAAGCUGGAAAGCACGGUUCCGAGAAAGAUGCUGCGCCGGCCUGGUGUUCCAGGAGCCGCAGGGAUGGUUUGUGGCUGUCCUGUUUGCUGAGCUCAGGGCCUCUCCGCCUCGCUGUUCCUCUCCUCUCCAUCUGGACUCGGGUCUAGCAGUCCCGCAGAGCACUUGCCCGCCCUUGAAGAUCCCGGUGUUGCCCCCCGCAGUCCGGUAGUGGCCAGAAGGACCCGGAGUUCCACAGGUAUAGCUGCUGCUUCUGGGACAAACCCGCAGUCCAGGUGUCCAGGGCAUUAUGAGCAGAGGCAGUGACACCUGAAUGUAUAGCGGCCCCCAGGCCACCACCACCGUAGCCCACAUCUGAUCAGCGCCCCCCCAGGAGGAAAUUGGGGAGGGGGCCUCCAUCUGCCCUGUGUGGAAGGGGCACAGUUGCUGGCUGCCCUGGGAGAGGGCUGUGCCUCUCAGAGUGUAGCUGGGAGCCUUUGGUGGUUUUGCUACUGCCAAUCUGAGCAGAAUCCUAAGCUAAUUUUUAAUUGCUGAUUUACACAGGGACAGAGAUCCUAAGUCAGGAUCUGUGUCGUCUUGUGUCAUAAGCAUACCUUGCCUGUUUUUGUCCAUUUUCUUUUCCUUAGUAAAAUUUGGCGCUCCUCCCGCCCCCGCCGUGAUCCUAAAUUCCUAAACAUGAGGGAAAUGAACCUAAUUUAUUAAAAGAGAGAAAGCUUUCCUUUGAACCAUAAACACUUUCAGGAGUGAAGACUCCCGAAAGGGGAAGCACACUUCUUUUAAUGCCAGUAAAAACCUCCUUUGUUUCACGUCUGUAAUCUGAUUUGCACGUGUACAAAUGGAGACACUGUUGCAUUUUUGCCUGGAUUGAGUUUUCGUCACUGCUUUAGUUUGCUUUUUGUGUGUGUUUGCUCCGUGUUUUGAAAUACUGAGAGUGUUUCUUUGAUAUUUAUUGUUUCUGAUGUGCCUUUUCACUUUUCUUUGGGGUUGGUUUUUAGAAUCUGGGUACCAUUUAAGGAAGAUCACAGAUCUUCCAGCUUGAAGGCAGGACACACCCUUGUGUCACCGAGGAUGCUCAGCCCCCUAGGCCACAGCCAUAUGUGCUCGUGCGCCCCCAUGAGGCCAUGAGAACCCCCAGGAGAAGGGCUGGCUUCCUCCCAGGCGGCUCCAUGUCUUCGGAUCUGAGGACUGCUGGUCGCCAACGUGCCAACAGGCCUGUGCCCCCCCGCAACUCAGGCACCCGGUGAGGUGUGGCCUAGGGCACAGGACCAGUCCUCAAAACACUUGAUCUGACUACCAUAAAGGGGAAAGACUGUGCACCCCUGUUGUUUCCCUAGGGAACAUGGGGUUUAUUUUAGUAAAGGUGAUAAAACUGUAUGCUGUGUACAGGUGGGUUUGUGCUUUUGAGACCAAAGCAGGCCAUCCCCUUUCUCCAAGGUGGUUUACCUAGACUGUGUAUAUAAUUGGGACAAGUACCACCCUUUCUCAUGCCCCCAAAAUCCUUGAUUUAAAAAAAUAUAUAUUUUGUUAACGACAGGCUCGGUUGCAUUACCAUCCCAAGCCUGGAUUACUUUAUUUAUUUUAAAGUAUUUUAAUUUCCACAUUGGCUUCGUUCUAAUCCCAUCCAUCCCUGUAGGGCUGCAGAGCAUCUCCGUGGGAAGAGCUGGAUGGACAGAAGUAGAUUCAGACUUCUUUAGUGAGGUGGGGAUUUCCUAAAGCUGAGGGUGAGUUCUUUCAUUCCUGUUGGCUUCAGCAGAAACUGGAAACUUAUGUUUUUCUAGCAAAAGGCCAAAUUAGUUGUAUAGUCUCAGAUGCAGAAAAAAAUUACCCUAGCUUUUCUUAGCACUUAAGGUUUUUGUGAGGAUUCAGUGUUUAGCCGUGUCUGGCACAUAGUAAGCCCUCGUAAAUGUUAAAUAUUGUUAUUAGCAUUUCAUAAAAUUUGAGAAAGAGCUAAGUAAUACCUCCAUGAAAAUAUUCCUCCAAGUUGAUGGAAUGUUGUAGGAAUUUCUGGUUUAGGAUGUCCAAGUGCCAUGCCCAUCUUGCUGGCCAAAAUGUUACGGUAUCCCUGAAUGCACUGACUGAUUUGCAAAUAUCCCUGACUUCAGCCCCAGAUGGAACUAGGCUGUAAGAACGUGUAAACUGGAGAUGAAAAGGGUGACCCACAUGCUGGACCUCACCCCACUGAUGUCUUCUGGACCAUGCUAGGGUUCUUCUUUGUAGAGCUUUUUGAGCUAGAAUUAAAAUAAGUUCUCUGACAGACUGUACCCCUUAAAUCAAAGUUAACUAUAUUCCUCUGAAAUGAAAUAAUAAAGACUUUGUGUGUUGUUUAAGGAGAAAGGAAUGGCCAGUUGAACUUUGUCAUUCCCCCAAAAAGUCCCUUUGCUGUUCCCUGCUGGCCGGGGCGGCCCCUCCACACUCCAACCCACAGGGCUCAGACCCUGGGCUGGUUAGCGGUCACAUGUUUGUUUUGGGCCCAUUCCCCGAAAAGACCUCCCCACCCCCCAAGCUGGCUUGGCUACCCUGGGGACCCCAAGACUAACCGCUCGGGUGGAGCUAUGGUGGGCACGGAGGUUGGGGGGGAUACAGAGUUUCUUCAGAACCACUCCCAAGAGGCUACUCAGUGAUGUUUUCCCAGAUCACCUAAAUAUCAGUUUGCUUUUUGUUUUAUUGGGGUUUUAGAGUUUUAUCUUCUGUCUUGGCACUAAUAUGGAUAGACUGCCGUUGGGAAUAUGGAGGAAUUUGCUGGAGUCCGGGGUCUUUCUAAGUUCCUUUGGAUUCUUUAGUGGAAUCAAUUAGCAGUCUUAUAUGUUUGUGGGUGUAAGAUUGGAAUUUGCCUUCUUCAAAGCAUCGUUCCCUCUAACCCCAGAUUCUGUGGCGCCUUGGGGACCCCCCCCCCGGCAGCUGGUGAGGCAUGGCAGAGGGCAGCUGUGUGCUCCCGUGGUGGGGGGGCCGUGCCGGGGGACGGGGCAGGUGCUCAGGCAGGUGGCAGUGCCGUAGGCCUCGAAAGCCUUGCUGGGACAGCAGGACGGAUGGGACCAUAGCGUGGCCCGCCACCUCCGCCAAAGCCAAGAAGGAGCAGACCCGGGAAGCAUUUUGCUGGCUGGCAUGCCGAGUGUUCCCGGGACGCCAAAGGAGCAGGCGCCAUCCUUCCUACUGUAGUUGCUUUCACAGCCUUGAUGUCCUUACGCUAACGGCCGUGUGCGUGUGUGUCUUCAGACAGCUCCUGGUACAACCGUUUCCUACUGUCCACUUCCGGGGUCACGUAGUGCAGGAUUCUGCAAAUAAGGUGUCGCUGUCCAAACGUACUGUACCUGCAUAGAGAACACUGCUUUGUUUUCCAACGUUGUAGAGAAAACUAGGGAGAACUUUAUUUUUCAAUAAACUUUUGUUGUGUGA